CCUCGCCCACAAGUUUUACGCCCAUCCGCAGACCACCUGUUUCCUCCAGCAAACCAGUGCAAAUUAGAUCUACCAGAAGAAAUGGCCGACGUCGACGCUCAGAUUAAGCAGUUCAUCAAGGCGGACCGUAUCCGCAAGGACAAGGACCGGGAGCUGGUCACUGUCUUUGAGGAGGAGGAUUCGAAGAACCUCAAUGCGAUUAACAUUGAAUACGGAACCGGUGAGUUUUGGUGGUGUGGUGUGGUGAUGUGAUGAUCUGUUGGAUGGUUGUUUGGGUGUGGAAGAUGCAGAUACAAGCGAGUACUUGUAGAGGAUGUUAUAUUCGACUCGACACCGGCAGAGAUAUCAACAAUCUACGAUAACAUUCUAACUCUUAACAGAUCCCGCUGCUCCUGCGCUCGCAAAGACCGUCAAGAAGGCCAUGGGCGUUGACUACGAAAUCAGACCUACCCGCUACGAUCCUCGCUUCCCUAACCAGAACCAGACCGUCCACUGCUGGCAAUACUACGUCGACUACUUCAAGUGCGCCAAGGAGUUGGCCAACGAAGACCCUUCCAAGCAGCGAAUCUGCGACCAGUUCCAGAACGCCUACCGCAUGCUCUGCCCCGCCUCCUGGGUUAACAAGUGGGACGAACAGCGAGAGAGCGGCAUCUUCCCUGCUGAUAUCAACGAAUAAAUACAAACCUCUUCUAUUCCAUGAUUUCCUGAUCUCUUUGUUAUAAACAUUGGGCAACCUCGAAAUACAGUAAAGGACAGUCGUUGUGAUUAUUCAUGUUUACAUUGUUUUCUCUUACAUUUGCUUUUCCUCAUCUGCGUCAUCUUAAUUACAUUCAUCAUUCACUUAAAUCAUCUCACACUAUACUACUAUACUACUUCUUAGCUUUCCCCUUUCCCUUCGCAGGUGCCUUCGCAGGGGCCUUCGCCGU